GGUCAAGAAACCGAUAUGAAUAUAAUUACGUAUUUCAUCUUUUGUCAUUGGACAUGUGUCCUUAUUCAGACAUCCAUCAGGUUUAUCUUUCUCUCUGUUCAUUAUAUGUUAAAUAAAUUACCGUGCAUCUGUCUCUUUUGUGAGAAUAAAUCCAGAGUCCCUGGUGUUCUCAAGAACUACAAGAGUGGCUUUGCAUCUGAAAAUAUAUUUCACUUUCUUCCAGUCACAGUUCACUGAGCAUUAUGUCCACUACACAUGCUACAUCUGUGGUGCUGCCUUCAGGUCGCACAGGCAUAAUCAGCUGGAGGGAGGGCAGGCACAACCACUCUGCCAUCUUUUGGGGAAAUGGUGUUAAAACAAGUGCUCAGAAAACUAAUAAAAUUUGAACAUCUACAGCUCCAUGACAACUGGACAAACUCCAUCUGCUGAUGAAGUUUCAAAACGGCUGCUAACUGCACUUUGAGGUGACUUUAUUUUGAUUUUUUUAAAAACCAGUCAACCAGUAGCCAGAAUUAGAUCUGGUACUAUGUUUACACAUGGCUGUAGAUUGCUAUUUCAUCUCCAAGGUUACUAACAACACCAGCAAGUGUGAGGCAUUGAUGAAUAUUUGACUACAACUGAGCAGGAGACUUUACAGAAGUAGUGAGUGCUAUUAUUUCAUGCUUGGAUAAAGACACUGAAAUCAGUACAUCACUACAGUCAAAGGGACAAAGAUGAUGACCAGCUUUAUCUAUGCCACUGCUGCUACAUUAGGGUGUGAGCCGCUGUGUGUCCUGAAUGACCAUAGGAUAAAUGAAGGCUAUCCACGCUCUGCUAGUGAUCCACCCACCCAUUGUAUCAGAGCUGCAGGAGUUCUGAGGUACAAUCGGGAGUCGGACAACCACAGGAUAAACUUAACAACCAUUCUUCUGGCGCCCCCACCUCUGACAGAAUACACAGUAAAAUGUGAGUACUGUGGGGAAAAGGCCACCCCUUCACUUGAUCUACCAUGGCUACAGGAGCCUGAGACAGCUCCACUCUUCUGUUGUGCCCAGCGGCAGCAGCUGUGUGAGAUGCUGAUAAAGCAGAGAUGUUUGUUUGAGGGUAGAUGUGACCUGAAAACCAGUAUUCCGACAUCAGUGGAAGAGAAGCCAGCCACAGAGGUGGAGGAGGUGCUCUGCCAAGGCAGGGAGAUAGAGGAUAACACCAAGUUUAUUAUGGAUUUACCAAGUGGACUUGGAACACAAGCAGAACUGAGAAUCCAUGAGGAUUACUCAAUCCAGCUACCUGGGCCAGAAACCUUUAUCCCAACAUCAAAGGUCCUCAGCUUCCGGCUCUCGUGUGCUCCAGGAAAAGGAUGCUGGACAGUGAAUCCCUGUGGUGCAACUGAGAAGUGCUUUAAAACUGAAGGGGAAGAGGCACAGGCGUUGGUCUCUUUUUGUGACCACAAGCCACUUCAGUUUGGCAUUUGUCAUCAUCAGGACGGGGCAGGAAUUCUACACAAAUAUUAUUCUGAUGGCAUGAAAUUUCUCACCUCGUUCCCAGAUGGCUCUGCUCAGGUCUUUUAUCCCUCAGGCCUCUUGGCUCUCAUUGUGGUCACUGAUGAAAAUGGAAGGGUCUGCAUAGUGUAUGAUGACAGCGAUGCCCCCACUCAACCGAUCAGAGCCGUGUUCCAGUCUGAUGGCAGGGCAACAUGUUAUCACAGCAAUGGAAACAUAUGGCUGUCCUUAAACACAUCAGGCGGUCAGUGUUUGGAUGAGGCUGGUGCCCGAGUGCGUCGGUGGAGCUGGAGCAGUCCGAGCCUCACUCCCCUGCACCCUGUCUUCCUGUCCCUCAACAAAGCUGUCGGGGUCCGAGUCCUCGGGAAGGAGCAAGUGUUUGUCUCAAUCCUGGCAGGAGGCCAACAGGCAAAGUUCAGUGUGGGUACCUGCUGUGCUCAGGUAAAGGGUGAAUCUAAAACAGAUGGACCUGCUUCUGGACCAUCAGUAAUAAAGGAGGAGCUGUUAGUGUUGGCAGCAAGGAUCAAGAUCCAUCUGAUCAUUCAGCAUCUUCACCAGUACCUGGUGACGCCCUCCCAUCCCCAGCUGCCCAAGGUCACGCAAGCCCCUCACCUCCAUGUUGUUGCCCAGAGGCUUCUGGGAGCCAGUGCUGAUGUGACGAUGAGUGACAGUGAAAGAGCCUUUAUUCUUAUGUGUCUUCAGGAUUGUCUUUGAAGUCUCACAAAAGUACACUGUGACACAAUGAAAGUAGCUGUCAGAGAGCAAUAAUGGCACAUAAGUCAUACUCUACAAAUGAAAGUUCAAAAAGCUUUACAUUUUACUUGAUUUCCAUAGGUUCAUAGUGAUUAAAGGAAAUCUGAACAGUGUAUAAAUACACUAGUACUUGUGUUAACAUGUUAAUAUGGUCUUACCUCCAUACACCAAGAAUAUUUCAGAGGGUACUGUAGACUUGAUUUCACAUAAAAAUAUGUUGUGUUCUGGGGGUUCAAAGAAAAUAUAAAACCUCAUCUCUUCAUACUGCAGAUAUUGCAAGGUGAAAAUAUUCCCAUCAAAAUUUUCUCCUUAGUCUGGGUCACUGUUUGCUCUGUCUGCACAUAUACUGGUGAAGGAGUGAUGAACAUUUCCUUUGAGCCCACGGGGAAUGCUCUCAAAGGUUCUUUGGUGCAUAAUAACAAAUACAUAAUGUGAUUUGAUCUGCUAAAUUUCAUUUAGUUACAACCAGAGCUGACAGAGGAUUCAACAAGUUGGAUAUACUGUAACCUCACUGUAUGUUCUGGUCUUACAUUGUACUCAUGUCUAGCCUGUUUUGUCUCAUCUAAUCAAAUCAGCAGAGCCUCAGGUCUUCCUUAUAACAGUAGGGUGAACAGACGGCUAAAAGAUGUGCACUCAUGACUUGACUUGAACAAGCAGGUUUGCUUUUUAUCUCCAAACCAUUCUGCAGAUUUUCUAUUCUUCUUCUCAGCUUUCCUUUUACUAAACUGAUUUAAACCUUGAUGAGACAACUGAUCAGAGUUGUCAUAUUAUGCACUGUCUCUUCUUUAAGUGAAAUGAUUUUCUCUCACUUAGGGUAUCACGUAUAACACCUUAUUCCCCAACAUCAAUCAGUAAACCCACACACCACACCACAAUUUUACAUUUAAAUAGUUACAAUAUGUUUUAUUAAUCUUCUUAGCUUCCUCCAAGUUAUGUAAAUAUAAAAAUUAUUCAGAAAUCAUACCAAGACACAAUUUCCCCAAUGUUAUUUUCACAAUAGUGAUAAUAGAUUUUAAGUGUUGCAUUUCUACAUGGCUAAGCUACUUUUAGAACAAUAAACUUAAAAUUCUACAUAUGGCUCAGUGGUACAAAUUACACUUUCUUUUUUAAAUUCACAUAGAUCAAUUAUAUGCAACAAGUUAAAGACUAUAAGAAUCAAUGUUAAAUCUCUCCAUAUGGGACCACUGGUGUCACCUGGAUGAAGUCUGCUGUCGUAAGAAUAGUACAAGAAAA